AUGAGGGUUGAAAGCAAUACAGACGAGACUACACUGCGAAAGAUCGAGCAAAGACUGGAAAAGAUCACAGAGGUGAUAGCGAAAAUGGAAGAUGGUACAGAGGAUGGGCGUUUGGCUGGACGUCAACUUUACGACCGGAUAGUAGCGCAAAAGAAGGUGUCAAAAGUCGGAAGUUCUGAAACUGUUCCAGCACAGUUCUCGCACUGUGAUGGAACUGUUCCGGAUUGUGCUGCAUGUGCUGUAGUCGCCCUCAUGGAAUUUCAGCGGCCGGAGUUGGAAGUUUUUAACCGUUUUGCCUUUUUCUUUCAGGUUUUUCUCAUUUUCCCUCAUUCCUCCACCCCGCUUCUCUUUAUGAUGGAAAAACUUGCGCGGUUGAAGCAGGUUGGAAGAACGAGCGCUUUUCUGCUCCGCGUUAUCCGACAAGACAUGCAUCAUUCUUGCAAUCGUCCAUUCAUUCUCUCUUUUUUUUGUUCACAACUACUUCGUGUGUUUCCGCUGUGUAAUUCCGCAUCUGUAUUGAAAGUAGCAUAGAC